UGCACCGUGGCAACAUCAACAACUCGUUGUCUGAAGUAAACAAGACGUGCAUUUCAGUCCUUUAUCCAUGGCUGGGUACAUGAGGUCAGAUCCCAAGGGGAAGGUAAGACGACGUGUUCAAGACCUUCGCAUCCCUUCCUCCUCUUACUAUGACUUCAGAGCCAGCAGACCCACGUUGGACCUGAGCCACAACGAGAGCAUUCGGCUGGCAGUGGACUCCCUGCUCAGCUGGGGCUUGGAGGAAUACCACGAGGUGUUGAACGCAGAGGGAGAAGUGGACUUUCUGUCAGAGCUGGAGAAAGUUUACAUCCUGGAAAAUAGCAGGGAUGGCAGCACAGCUGAUCCUGGUGUAUCUGAAGAUGAUGACGAAGAGUUAGACAGCUUGUCUGCUGGCUCACAGUCUGCCACACGAUGUCCUGGGAUGUCCACAGACAGUGAUCCUACCGUGGCAGGUUUGGACCUUAGCAACCUAAAAGAUGUGAAGAGGACUGAUUGUAUCCUGGACAAGCCCAGCAUUGAGGUUUAUUUCCAGACUGAUAGCAGGGCAGCUGGCAUUAAAGACCUGGUCAGAGAGUUCAUCAGGAAGCCUACAAUGGUCUUAGCCAUAGUGAUGGACAACUUCAGUGACGUAGAGCUGCUGUGUGACCUUCUGGAGGCGAGCAGGAAGAGAAACGUGUCAGUUCAUCUGCUGCUGGAUCAUCUCAACCUGAACCUGUUUGUCAGCAUGUGGCAGGACCUCAAACUCAACAGCAAGAACUUCCCAAAACUGUCAGUACGCAGUGUGGAUGGACAGACCUACUGCGCCAAGACAGGCAGGAAGCUGACUGGUCAGAUUGCUGAGAGUUUUAUCGUCGCUGACUGGACUGAAGUGCUGGUUGGCUCAUACAGUUUCUCCUGGCUGUCCUGGCAGGUCCAUCGCAGUCUCGCUGUUCUUUUAAAGGGCAGCGCGGUCAUACCUUUCCAUCAGGAAUUCCACAGGCUGUACUCUGGCUCCAAACCAGUCCCUGGCUUUGUCACUUAUAUCACUGUGCCUCACACUCUCCGUCGUCACACCACGUCCCAUGCAGCUCAAAAAGAUAACGUUGACGUCAUUAAGUCCAAAUCAACCCGGACCAAAACAGCUUGCCACGGGUCUUGGAAUGAAGAUGCUCAAAACACCCAGACAAAAGCAGAAAAGCGUGUUUUAUCCAAUCCACGUAGCCCAGAACUACACAGAGCAGGCACUGGUACACAAAUGCACCCAAAACCUCUGGUUCAACCAGGAGCACUGCAGAGCGUGUGUGUGGGGAAGCCAAAGCAUACAGUGGGAGCUGUCUGCACCCAGCAUGGUGCACAAACAAAUGUGGAACCUCUGGAGAAGAAUCAAAACCAGAUCCAGAGCCACUCAAACCCUCUCAGUCAGACCCAUGUCUCACACGUUCAGUCUCAGCUCACCGUCACCACUACAGCUAAAAAUAAUGUGAGGGUUCAAGAGUCAAACCCUGUACACGCUGCUUCCCCCCCACAAGGACAGCACAGGACUGUCCAUUACCAAUCACCUUUCAAGACAAAUUUAAAUGUGGAGCACCAUGAUGUGGGUCCUGAAGGUCCUGUGUUUCAGCAGAAGAAUAGAGACAGACUGACAAAGCCUUUGGGGGCUGCUGCAGGUCUAAACACACAAAGACGACAAUGGCACUGCUCCCUGAACUUUAAACCAAAGAUGGACUUUCCACCUGAUUAUCCCAAUGGCCGUUCUCCUUCCACAUCACAGCAAAAACAAGCAAAUACAGGCCUGUUGUUCCCUUUAACACAUCCAAGAGGACACACAUCUGGACUGCAAACAAAAGUGUCCUUUAUGGGAUCCAUGAGGCAAGCUCAGCCCCAGAGGCACCAACAGUCACACCCAACCACAGAGGCCCCAGGUUCAAAGUCAGCACCGACUACAGGAGCUAAACUUCACGUACAGCCCCACACCUCCCAGCAGGUGAAGCCCCCUCCAACAAUGAACUGGACACCCCAGGGUCACAGUGCAAGACCCAGACCUUUGGCUCGCUACAGCUCCUUUAACGCCACCUACGGGACGGGACAUCAGACAGGCUGGAGGCCGUUUUACAGCACCAUAAAUACUUCGUUGGGAAGGAGCUAGAGCAUGACUGACAGACACCCUGCAGGCUUCAAAGGAGCAGCUCUUCACCCAAACAUAACCAAGACCUGAGAGAAAUAUACAGACUGCAGAGGAACGGAAUGAGACAGUGUACUCAUCUGUUCAUAUGAAAUGCUGUGUAUAUUCUACUGUGCAACACUUAUGAAAUGAUUAAACUACUACUUUAUUUCUACAAAAUUAUGAGUUAAGACAGAAGUGUGAACUAUUUUUAGAUGAUUUUCAUGUGUGUAGCAUAGCAUAAAAAAAAUCUUUAUUUUCUUAAAAGAUAUAAAUUUAAUUAAGCAAACACUGUAGAG